UCUGUAUAAGAUUUGACAUUUGACCGAUGUUGUGUUGAUCGAUAAAAAUAGUGCACUUUAAAAGAAUGUAUGUACAUAUAAUUCUAUUGUAAUUUCAAGAGCGAUUUUAAAUUCGUUCGACAAAUAUGAAACAAUUAAUUGUUUGACAAGAAAUUAAACGUGUCAUACGAAAUAUUCCAUAUAUUAAUCAUCAACAGUAUUUAAUGCUAAUUAACAAUGAUCGAAUUUUAUGAUAAAAAUAAUUGAAGCGUCUACAACAUUGUAUAAAAUUCAGUAUUCAGUGUGUAAGGAUGGGUGCAGGAAAGAGUCAGUUUACUGAAGAGGAAUUGCAGGACUAUCAAGAUUUAACAUACUUUACAAAAAAGGAAGUCUUAUAUGCACAUCAGAAAUUUAAGGCACUUGCACCAGAAAAAGUUGGACAUAAUAGAAAUGCAAAGCUCCCAAUGUCUAAAAUUUUGCAAUAUCCUGAAUUGAGAGUAAAUCCUUUUGGAGAUAGAAUCUGUAAGGUCUUCAGUUCUAGUCAAGAUGGUGACUGUACCUUUGAAGAUUUUCUGGACAUGAUGUCUGUAUUUAGUGAUGCUGCUCCAAAAGCAGUGAAAGCUGAACAUGCAUUUAGAAUAUUUGAUUUUGAUGGCGAUGAUAUGCUUGGUGUAGGAGAUCUAAGACAAGUGAUAGAUAGAUUAACUGCGCCUCAAAGAUUGAACGACAAUGACAUGCAGCAACUUCUUCAUUACAUUCUCGACGAAGCUGAUUUAGAUGAUGAUGGUGCUCUGAGCUUUGCAGAAUUUGAACAUAUUAUAGAGAAGAGUAGCGAUUUUUCCAAGAGUUUUCGUAUUCGUUUAUAAAAAUAUGAUAUACUAUAACAAGUACUAUUAAAACAAGAUAUCUUAAUCGGUAAAAGACUGAAUAUAUUGAAUAAUAAUUGUGACAAUGUAGAUAUAGACCUGAUAUGUACUGUAGAAAAAAAAAACAUGACAUUAACAUUUGCAAAAUGUGCCAAGGCCCUACAAUUAGGCCUAAACCAAACAAUACUAAUUUUUUUUAUUUUUUAUUGAACUUAUUUAUUUAAGAUUAUAUAAUAGCAAGGACAAACAUAAUUAUACAAAUAUAUUAAUUGAAUUAAAACUGCCAUAUACUAUA